UGGCAUCCCAAGGGGAAAAAUGUUACAAAAAAUAAGGUAAGAGGGUGCAACCAUAUAUUUAUUUGAAGACAACAGGAGCACUUCAUUGCAUGUAUAUCAAUAUUUCUGUAAUGAGGUGUACAAGUAGUUAAACUCCAACACCACGAAACACACGCAAGUUUCUCCUAGUUUGGUGUUUGUGUGAUCAGGUGUGAGGGAGCUUAAGAAAUCAGAGAUGGCUUAUGCUGCUGUCAUUUCUCUUAGGAAGACGAUUGAGGGCCUUCCAUAUUCUCCUCUGAUUUCUUCUCUUCCUCCCUUACCCACAGCGUCCGCAUACAAGGAGGUGAAGCGGUUAGAGCAAUUUCUACGAACACCGCUUUUUACUUCGGGAAACAGCGAGAGGGUGAACGCUCUGGAAAGGCAAAUCAGAGAGAUUGUAUGCAGAUUAGAAGAUGUACUUGAAUCCCAUGUACUGGAUCAAUUUCUCUCACAAUCUGAAACCAUCCAUACAGGUCGGACCAGUUAUCCGUCGACGCUGUCUCCAGACUUGGCCUUGGAAGUGAAGGAAGAGAUCGAUUUCUUUGUGCAAAAGGUGCAGGUGAUCAUCGGGGCCGACUUUAGCAACUUGUUGCUUACUGAAGAAGAUGAUGCCAUUGUAUCUUCAAGAACUGCUGAGGUCCUUUUGGAUAGAAAGAAGUCAAAGAUUAUUGGAUUCGAUAAUGAGUUGAAUAAACUCAAAAUUCUGCUCACAAGAGACACGUGCGAUCUAGAAGUUGUCUCAAUAUUUGGGAUGGCAGGCAUUGGCGAAAAGUACGACGUAAGGGGAAUCUUGCUAGGUAUUCUAGCUCAAAUGGAUUAUGGGAUUGAUGGAAGGCACGCAGAAAGUAGUGAGAAAUUAGGCGAGUAUCUAUGCCGUAGUUUGGAGGAGAUGAGAUACCUAAUUGUGUUGGAUGACAUUUGGAACGGGAAGCUCUGGUUUGAGCUGAAAAGGUUCUUUCCAACUAAUAGAAAAGGAAGUCGAAUUGUGCUGACAACAAGGCUAGAAAUGGUAGCUUUUUAUGCGACCAAUGGUAGAAAAUAUCUUCACAGAAUGCGGUUCUUGAAUGAAAAAGAAAGUUGGCACCUUCUUCGUGAAACGGUGUUUGGCGAAGAGCACUCGUGCCCUCCUCAACUUGAGAAAGCUGGAAAGAAGAUUGCUGAGAGGUGUGAAGGACUUCCACUUGCAAUCAUUGAGGUAGGGAAGCAGCUAUCUAAAGCCGAGAGGACGCCAGAGUACUGGAAUGAGGUAGCACUAGCAGAAAAAGAAAAUCCAGUUUUCAAUUGUGCAAAUGAGGAAAUUUCAAAGGUACUAUAUUCGAGCUACAAGCACUUACCUCAACAUUUAAAAGCAUGCUUUCUUUAUAUGGGAAUUUUUCCACAUAAUUGUGAGAUUUUUGCCUCCAAGCUCAUCCAAUUAUGGUGUGCCGAGGGAUUUGUUGAACAAAAUUCUCCCUCAAAAGAUUUUGCAAGAAGCUGUCUGGAGAACCUUGUGUUCACAAACGUUGUUCUGGCCCGCCAGCAGGGCUCCAGGGGCAAAACUAAAACCUGUAGGGUCCAUUUUGUCUUUAGGUACUUCUGUAUUAAACAAGCUAGGAAGAAAAAGUUUUUCCAUGUUGUAGAUCAUUAUGCUAAUCAAGGUAUAGAGAGCCAACUCCGGCUGUGCAUUCAUAACAAUGGUUUAUUUGGCAUCAAGGAUGUGUACAAGUCGAUGACAUCCAGUUCAGAUGCAUGUUCUCUCCUUUGUGUCGGUCCUCACCAUCCAUACCCAGUACCGGUGUGUUUGAGUUUUGGUUUGCUCAAGGUACUAAAUGCACUUACAAUUCGUUUUUAUGGUUUCCCAAUUGAGGUGGUAAAACUAGUUCAGUUGAAGUUCCUCGCCUUCACUUAUAACGGAAAGCUCCCUGCUUCCAUAUCCAAACUCAAGAGUCUUCAGUAUUUGAUUGUCCAUCAAUAUCUAACCAUCUUACCUUUCGGGGGGACUCGAAUGUGUCUCCCUAUGGAGAUGUGGACUAUGCAAGAAUUGAAGCAUCUCCAAGUCAUGGGAAGUGACCUACCAAAUCCUAGUUUAGAGGACGCUUGCUUACCAAAUCUGUUAACACUCUUAGGAAUUAGUGCUCACAGUUGUACCAAAGAGGUUCUUGAAAGAAUCCCGAAUCUAACUAGAUUAGGAAUUCAAAUCGGCUUAACUCUAGAUGUUGCUAAACCCUUGUGCUGCUUAGACCAUCUUAGAUAUCUCCGACGACUUGAAUCACUCAAAUGUGUCAUUCUAAAUCCUAAUCCCAGAUUGCGGGUUGUUGUCCCGACACCACCUGUUACCGCUUUCCCAUCAAGUCUUAAGAAGUUAACUUUGAGUGGGCUCGGAUUUCCUUGGGAAUACAUGAGUACUAUUGCUAAACUGCGGAAUCUUGAAGUGCUCAAACUGCGGUGCCAUGCCUUCCGGGGACCGGUGUGGAAUGCAUAUGACUGUCAGUUUCUGCAACUUAAAUUUCUACUACUAGAAGACAUUGAUCUGGAGUACUGGUAUCGAGGGCUCUUCCCGUGGCUUGAGCGCCUCAUCAUUCGGGACUGCUACAAAUUGAAACGGAUUCCUCUGGGAAUUAAAAAGAUCUCAAGUCUUGAAAUGAUUGAGCUAGUUGACUGCAACCCUUCUCUUGUCUCUUCUGCAAAGAGAAUAGCAGAGGAACAGAAAAGCAAUGGAGAUGAUUACCUUCAAAUUUGUAUCAAGUCUUCAGCGGAUGAUCGGACAUGAGAAGCACCCUGGCUCUAAAGGUAAGAUGGUUUCGGUUUUUAUUAGUUACUGAAAAGACAAUUUCUCUUGUGAUUAUGUCUUUGUGUAAACUGAAGCACACUAGAAAAACAAAUGGCCAAAUCCAGUCCAGCUUCAUUUUUCCACCGUCACCCUAAGAAAAUAACUCAAUAAUUAUAAGAAAUGUUGAUGUUAAAAUUAGCUAAGUAAUUAACAAAUAAAAUUUUUAUUGUUAAAUAUACAUUUUAAACAAUUCAAUGCUAGCUAGCUAAAUCCGUCAGCAAGUAAAUUUUCGUUACUUUUUCUUUUCUUUCUUUUAAAGAAAAUCAUUAUUUAAUUUCAAUUGUAAAAUCGAAAUGGAAGUGAACUAAAAGUGCCAUUCUUUCAAAGUUAUAGAACAAAAAAUGCAUUUUUUUUCCAUACUAGUUUUUCUUAAACUUUUCUUAUUCAAAUUAAAAAAGAAUGAUCCCCCAACAAUAAAAUUUGCGAAAUAUUAUUCCCUUACAUAUAUUUUCUACUACAAAAGUACCUCUUAUGCUGUGUAAUUAAUUCUGUUUACAACUUUAAACAUUAGUAAGUACCGGUGCUAUAGCAAUAUGAAUUUUGCGGUCACUGAAAAUCUUGGCCGGGAUACUUUUUUGGGACAAAAUUUCGCUCUAAAUUGCGUCGCCAAAUUUUGUAACGAGACCUGCAACGACUUUUGCCACAAGUUUUGCAAUAUUUUGGAACGACAUUUGUGACAAGAUUUUCAUGGAAAAGUUUGCAACUAUAAUUUUGUUGCAAAAUCUUAUUUUAUUUGCAAACAUAAAAAAUAUUAGGUAUAAUUUUUUAAAUUAC